AUGUCCAACUUUGUCAUUGUAGGUGCCGGGGUGAUUGGCUUGACGAAUGCAUAUGAAAUCUUAAAGGAGAACCCAAAGAAUAAGGUCACUGUCGUUGCAAUGCAUUUCCCCACUGAUUUUGAGUUCAAGUCUGUGUAUACUUCACCUAUUGCCGGGGCGAAUUGGGAGUCCUUUGCGAGUAUCAAUGACACGUUUGUGCAGGAGAUCGAUGCGAUUGGCUACGAUCGGUUCUACGAGUUGAUCAGGACGAGGCCCGAGGCCGGAGUGACUGCUCGCAAGAACGUCGUGCUCAUCACUAGGGAGAGGUUCCAGGGAGAAGGGUCUGUUAAACGGCUACCAUGGUUUGCCCAUGGUAGUUUUGGAGAGAAGUGUGGAUUUAGAGAACUAGACAAGGAGGAAUACGAUUUGAGCAAAUUCGAAUAUGGGUAUGAAUUCGACGGUAUGGUAAUUCGGACCUCUUAUUAUAUGACUUUCCUUAUCAACGAGUGUUGGCGACUAUCCGGGGAAAGUGAGGGUCCAAGGGCUAGGUUUGCCCUUAAACGAGGUACUGUCAAGCGGUUGUCUGAAGCGUUUGAGCUGCAUGCGUCGUGUAAGAGGGCCGACUAUGUUAUCAACUGCACUGGGUUGUUGGCAAGACAACUGGAGGAUGUUAGUGUUGCUGAGCGGGAGAAGAUGUACCCUGUUCGAGGAGUUGUUUAUGUAGCUAGAAACACCACUGGACUGGACAAGGUCACAAUAGUAGAGGUUGACACCCCGGACGAGGCCUUGUACCUUAUGCCGAGACGGGAGGGUGAGCUCAUCAUUGGCGGGUGUUUCCAAGUUGGCAACGAGAGCCGGGAUGUUGAGGCAGGUCUUAGGGAGAGAAUACUUGGACGGUGUCGGGAGUAUCUCCCGGAUUAUCUCUGGGAUGGGCUUGAGAUUGUGAGGGAGCAGGUUGGGUUCCGUCCCUUUAGAAAGGGCGGGUACCGGAUCGAGAGAGAGGGGAGGAUCAUCCACUGUUAUGGGAUGGGAGGAGCAGGGUUCCAAUCGUCGUAUGGAUGUGCACAGCAUGUCAAGAGAUUGAUUGCCGAUGCAGACAAAAAAAGCAGCAAAUUAUAG